AUGGUUAAAGACUCUAAAUUCUACGAUCUUUUAGGCGUGUCGUCGACCGCAACGGACAGUGAGAUCAAGAAGGCGUACAGAAAAGCAGCUUUGAAAUACCACCCAGAUAAGAACCCAUCGGAGGAGGCAGCAGAAAAAUUCAAAGAAGUGUCGUCCGCAUAUGAAGUGCUUUCGGAUCCGCAAAAGAGGGAAGUUUACGAUCAGUUCGGAGAGGAAGGUUUGAGUGGUGGUGGUGCAGGAGCGGGCGGGUUUGGUGGUUUUGGUGGUUUCGGUGAUGACAUCUUUUCUCAGUUCUUUGGCGGAGCGGGUUCUGCCAGACCAAGAGGACCGCAGAGAGGCAGAGACAUUAAGCAUGAGAUCGCGGUGACGUUGGAGGAGUUGUACAAGGGUAGGACGGCAAAGUUGGCUUUGAACAAGCAGAUUCUCUGCAAGAGUUGUAACGGUCGCGGUGGUAAGGAAGGUGCGGUUAGGAAGUGUACCGGGUGUAGUGGUACGGGUUACAAGUUUGUGACUAGACAGAUGGGUCCAAUGAUCCAGAGGUUCCAGACCGAGUGUGACCAGUGUUCUGGUACAGGUGAUAUCAUCGACCCUAAGGACCGUUGUAAGGCAUGCCACGGUAAGAAGGUCGCGAACGAAAGAAAGAUCCUAGAAGUUCAUGUGGACCCAGGUAUGAAGGACGGUCAGAAGAUUGUUUUCAGGGGUGAAGCUGACCAGGCUCCUGACGUUAUUCCUGGUGACGUUAUCUUCGUGGUCUCCGAGAAGCCACACAAGAAGUUCCAAAGAGUGGGCGACGAUUUGGUAUACGAAGCUGAGAUAGACCUAUUGACCGCUAUAGCAGGUGGUGAAUUCGCUUUGGAACACGUCUCUGGCGAUUGGCUGAAAGUCGCCAUCGUACCUGGUGAAGUUGUCUCUCCUGGUAUGCGCAAAGUUAUAGAGGGUAAGGGUAUGCCAAUUGCCAAAUACGGUGGUUACGGUAACCUGUUAGUCAACUUCAAGAUUAAAUUCCCACCAAGCCAUUUCACCAGCGAGGAAAACUUGAAGAAGUUGGAAGAGAUUUUGCCACCAAGAGCUAAAGUCGUUAUCCCAGCAAAGGCUCAUGUAGACGAGUGUGUUCUAUCAGAGUUCGAUGCAGCCAAGUAUAGCAGACAAAAUGGCAGGGGCGCCCAGAGUUACGACGAAGACGAUGAGGAAACUGGAGGUGCUGAGGGUGUCCAAUGCGCGUCGCAGUAG